GCGCAACUUCCGUCUGGUUCAAAAAAAUGUUGCACUCUUUUUAAUUUCGUAAAAAAGCAGGAUUGAUUUGUUAUUCGCGGCAACCGCUCGAGUUACCCGUUAUGGACAUUCAGAGUAUUGAACCGAUGACACUCGGUUCCCCAACCUCUUCCAAGCCUGGGGCUCAGUUUUUACCUGGAUUUCUGAUGGGAGACCUGCCUGCUCCAGUUACUCCUCAAUCUAGAUCUUUUGGGUUGACAGGAGGUGGGGCAGAAACAAGGUCUCCUCUGUUGGCUGGGGGCUCUCCUCCACAGCUGGUUGUCCCAACGCCAAAAGACAAGAGUGGAGCCCCUCCCGUCAGAAGCAUUUAUGAAGAUCUCAACUGCUCUGGUGUGGAAACGUCACCUCUCGCUGCACGCCAAAGACCAUUUUCUGCAGUGCAUACACCACUGUCUGGUCUACCAUGGACACCAGGAACAGCUUCAAAUUUGUUUAGCUCAGCAGGACAACAGCAGAAGACAACACUUUCCCCAGCUCAAGUAGAUCCCUUCUUCACACAAGGAAAUGCUUUGUCCUCUGAAGACCAGCUUGAUGACACCUGGGUCACGGUGUUUGGGUUCCCUCCUGCAUCUGCUUCAUACAUCCUUUUACAGUUUGCACAGUAUGGAAACAUAAUAAAACAUGUGAUGGGUAACUGGAUGCACAUUCAGUAUCAGUCUAAGCUGCAGGCACGAAAAGCUCUCAGCAAAGAUGGAAAGAUAUUUGGAGAAGCCAUAAUGAUUGGCGUCAAACCGUGUAUUGAUAAGAGUGUAAUGGAAGGCUCAGACAAAGGUAGUACUUCCAGUUCUGUGUUCACACCCCCGCUGAAGACUCACGGCACCCCAUUUCACCCUGUAUCAACUCCCCGAUCUGUCAUGAGACCUCUCAGUGUUGCUUACAAAGCAUCCAGCAGUGACUACCAGGUUGUUUCAGAUCAACAGACACCAAAAAAGGAUGACAGUUUGGUAUCAAAAGCAAUGGAGUAUAUGUUUGGAUGGUAAUGGGUCUGUCACAGGGUCAUGAUGAAAAAACUCUGAAACCAUCAACAGUCUUGGAUAUGUUGAGCAUAAGUAUUGAGUGAACACAAAAGCACUUUAUCUCAACGUUUGUGGCCUAAUUUAAUUUGUGUGCUGUAUUGUAAUUUUUCACAUGGACUGCUUUCAGCUGUGUUUGCUUUGGUGUUACUCCCUAAAGUCUGUCCUGAAUAUGACUCAAAAUCAUAAAUUUGAACGUAACCUGCUGGUGAGCAUUAAGUGUUUCAGGUCCAUCAAAAACAUGCAACCUGCCAAAAGCGGGUUAUUCUAAAACAAUUAAGGAUCUAAAUCAAGAUACUCCCAUAUUGUACAAAAACUUUGAAAUUCUUGCUUAUCAUAGUGGUUAUGGUCUGUUUGAUGUCUCACAAGAGAAUGUUGUCUGUGUGAUUAAGGCCUUGAUCGUCUCAUUGGUUUGUAUUCCUCUGUUUUUAGGUUUUUAGUAGCUUUAUCAAUUAUUUUAAUAAAACAGAAAAUCUAUUUUUAGAAAUGUCUGAUUUUGAAAAUGCUUUUUCUU